AUGGGCGAAGAUACCAUGGGUGAAGAUCUUAUGGAUCUUGGUGCCGGAGCUACUCCAGGCCAGGGAUUCCCCAGUAGCCCGAAGCCCACGCCUUCCGGCGCUGGUGGUGGCCUUUUGAUGCGGCGGAGGAGUGACGACCUCUGGGUACGGAAACUCAUCGAUGAGCUCGUUGCCCGUGCAUCCACGGGAUCCGUAGCUGGAGCUUCCGCUGUACCUCCCAGCAGCAGCAGUAAGCCUCUCGCCGCCGAUGACGACAAUAAGAGAUUGCCGGAGGAGGAUGAGCUGGGCAUGGAGCCCUCGGGCUCCUCUGCAUUUGACAUCUUCGACACCACUGGCACCGAUGACACCGACGACCUCGGGUUCGGUGACGAAUCGCUCGCAAGCGACUCGAUGGAUUCUGCAGGCUCCUUCCCUCCCACUCCCGCUGGGGCCGCCAGUCCCGCGGGCGGCCAGUCAUCCAGCGGCCAGUCAUCCAAGGCCAAGUCACUCAAGGGUGCCAGCCUUCGGCGCCGCGAGGCUUGCAACCUCUUGGCCCGGACGCUGGCCGACGAGCUGUUUGCCCGUGCCGCCGGCCAAGAUACCCCUGCAUCCGUGUCAGCCCCGACUUCGGGUGACGCGUACGCCUCCGAAACUGUACCGACGCCUACCCCUGCGUCGCCCGCGGGUGGCUCUGUUCCUCCUGUUCGCCGCGGGGACUACAACUACUACUGGGCGCGGAUGAUGGGAGAUGCGCUUGACUGA